UAAUUCAAUGCCGGUAGGGGUAUUAGCCCUCGGAGUAGUUGUUUCUGUUGAUCCAAACAUAACUAGUAUUUUAUAUUAUAGCAAAGUAAUACAUUUUCGGGUAGAUCAGAUAUGUAGGAUUUAGUGCUCGCUCUUCUACCUAUAUUUUAUUAAAGUGUCUUAUGAAAUUUCAAUUUCUGGAUCAUUUUUUGUCUUUAACUGGGAUAUUAUUACUCUCCUGCCUUCUACUAUUCUUUGCUUUUCUCACCACUCCUGCUGAUAUCUCUAUAUUUGUGUUUCGUUUAUUUAUUCGUUCAUAGUUUGUUAUUAAUUUUGCCUCACACAUAUUUGCGUCUUAAUAAUUUUAACAAUAUAGAAAUCUUAUUACCUGAAUAAAGGAAUCAUGUUUUGUUUAAAUAAAUUUAAUAAAUUAAAACCAUUUCUACAUACCAUUUUGAAGAUAAUCAUAACAACUUGAAAACACUACAACAAAUGAAAUGGAAUAAGCAGUUGUUCCACAUCUCUAACGUAAGGAUAUGAAGAAAAAUUGAUUCUUAAUAUCGUGUGUAUUUUUCACCAGCGCGAAUUAGUGCUUGAAAUCUACGUGGCAUGCUGCGUAUAAGCCUGUCGAUAUCUUGUUGAGGUACCUAUAUUUUCCCAUUCUUCGAUUAGAGUUUCUUUUAGUUGUUGAAGGAUUUGAGGUGGAUGUGGGCGCCUCGGGACACAUCUAUCUAACAUAUCCCAAAGAUGUUCAAUUAGUAUAAGCGAAUAAAUGCAAUACACUCUUAACUGCUCAACACAUCAAGGUGUUAUAGCAGGUGUUCCGCGUGCAAUGCUGCCAUGUUCACUAUUGAAGUCACUGGAGUAGUUGUUGCUAUUGAUCCAAAAAGUUAAGCUUUGCUUGGGUUUUCGGUAACCUUAACCGACAGCAAAUGACUCUUGUUUUCCACGCUGUACAUGUGAACAUGGCAGCAUUGCACGCGGAACACCUGCUAUAACACCUUGAUAUGUUGAGCAGUUAAGAGUGUAUUGCAAUUUUUCGCUUAUAUUUUAUAGUCAGAGGACACAGUCCCCAAAGCAGAACGGACAACUUUCCAAUGGUGAACCCAAACGUCACUAAUGAUAGUCUGGGUGGACCGAAACAGCUGUCUAGUGUUUCACACUUGGUGAGUUGUGUUGUUCUACAACCAUUUGGAUCAAUAGUGUAAUUCAACACCGGGAGAGGCAUUAGCCAUCGGAGUAGUUGUUGCUAUUGAUCCAAAAAGUUAAGCUAUGUUCAAUUAGAUUUAGAUCGAGACUCAGGGGUGGCCAAUCCAUGGUUUGAAUCCCGUGCUGCUGAAGGAAGUUCUUGGGUUUGAUUUCCUUUUACGACCCUGUCCAAUGCGUCUUUUAUAUCGACCGGUUUCUACAUAUCGAUUCCAAGCAUGAUGGAUGACGGAAGAACUGACGAUAAAAUUCCUUGCCACCUGUCGAAUACUGGUACCAUUUUCAUUAGUAACAACAAGAACGAUUUCUUGCUUAUUUGUAUAUCAUUCUGUCAUCUCUCAUUUUGAAAAACUAGUGUGAAACUUAACAAUUUAUGAUGAAAUGUAAAAUUUCUAAAAUAAAACAACUGAAAACUUUUGUUUUCUGUACUUCCACAAAAUUUAUUUAGUAAUUGUCACUACAGCUGUUUCGGCAACUUGCCUUUCUUAAGUGAUGGUUAACCUACUGUGCGUUCAGGUUAUAUAGUUUCACUGAACAGGUUGAGAAGGGGGGAGUUGUUAGUCUCAAGUUCGUCAUUCAGAAUUGGUGUCUUUUAAUUUUCAUAGAUUCUAAUAAAGAUAGCUUAAGGCUUUUAUUUUGGACGUGAAGAAUUUGAAAUUGGUCGUUAAAAGAAUGAUUAUGAUCUAGAAGGUGAAGUGCAUAUGUGGAUUCUGUUUUCCUAUUAUUGAAAGCCCUUUUAUGUUCUGUUAUACGUUUGUUGAAGGCUCUACCGGUUUGACCGAUGUAAGCUUUUGGACAGUCUCCACAGGUGAGUUUAUAAACCCCAGUGUGUAAGUGCAUGUUUUUCGUUUGGCUCUUGUUGUUCUUAAUAUAUUUAAAUGCUGGUGUUAUUCUUUUCUUUUGAUCUGUCUGGCUAUUUUAGUUAAUAUAUUACCUGUAUAUGACGUGAUCGAGCAAUAUAUUGUAUUGGGCUUUUUCUCUUGUGGUGGGAAGAUUGAUUUAAGGGCUUUCUUGAGUAGUUUUUGCUGUAACAUUUUGUUUAUUAUGUGUUCGUUGUAUCCAAUAUUUAUUGCUAUAAGUUUAAUGAUAUUCAAUUCUACUUCGAAGUUAUUAUUUGACAUUGGGAUUUCUGUCAAUCUGUGGAACAUACUAUAGUAGGCUGCUAAUUUAUGUUGUGCAGGAUGGGAUGAAGUACUGUGUAUGGUUGUGUCAGUAUGUAUAGGUUUAUGAAAUACAGAGAACUCGUGUUUGUUUUCAAUUCUUAUAAUUUUUAAGUCUAGAAAAUUUAUUGACUGGUUUUGUUUUAUUUCUCUUGUAAAUUUAAUAUUACUAUGGAUUGAAUUAACGUAUGAUAAGAUUUGGCCAAAUUCAUGAAACAUAAAAUAAUGCAAUGUCAAAACCUGUAGCAUGUUAUUAAUUAUUCAUACUUUAUAGUACAUUCUUAACUUUUGUUAAAGGUAUUUCAUACCGAAAUUAAGAAGUAUUCAUGGUUUAGCCUAUUUCUCCUUCGUGGCUAUGAGUAAUUGCAUUAAAUCAGAGUUGUGCAGCUGAUUUGUAAAAUGGGAUUAUUUCGUAAACUGUUAAGUUUUGAAGUUAUUAACAAUUAUACCUUUUUUUGUUAAAAUCAUGUAACUCUAAUAUUUUUUUACCCAAAUAGUGCUAACUUAAAGAGCAAAAAAGUUAAACGCAAAUGUAUGCCGCCUAUGUGGCGUAUGUGGCGUCCUCAAUCAGCUACAUCAGUCAUCAAAGUAUGCAUCAAAUUAUAAUUCCUCGUACUCAAAAGCCCUCAGUCAUAAAUUUUAAUUCGUAAAAAUGUCUACAAACAUGAAAGUUGUAGCGAAAAAUAAAAUUUUAAAUUUCAACUUUAACACCCUGUAUCUUUCUUAAUACAUAUUUACAUUUUAAGCAAACUGGCUUAAAUGGGAAUAUUUUGAAGUUUAGAGUCUACUGUUUCUUUUUGUACAAUUACUUACGGAUCACCCUGUAUAAAAAUAUGAACAAAAAUGGAGCAAAAAUGAUAUUUAUUUAAUACUUAGGUAUAAUUUAUUUCAUGAGAAGAUAAAAAUCGUGAUCACCAAUUUCGACAUGAUGUUUUUUAGUUAAUAAAAAUAGAAUUGGAUGCAGAUUAAGGAUUUAUUAGAUUCUGUAAUGAAAUAUAUUUAAAACAGUAAAUAUUCCAGAUGAAAAAUAAAGUGAUAACGACAGCUUACAAGGUACCUACCUGUAAAAAUAUAAUCCCUUUCUGAAUAACAUAAUACGUCAUUUUAUAAAAAGGUAACUAUGGAUAUUGUGAUUUGUCACGUUUAUUUCUUUUGAAAAUACACAACAAUAUUACUGUUUAAUCUCCUUGUCUCCCAAUAAUUUACCCAUUUCAUUGUUAAGUUAUAUUAUCUUCCUAAUUCAUUGUUUAGUUUUCGGAAAAUAUGUAAAUGUGCAGAACAGCCAACUCUUUAUCUCACUUUUCUUAACAUUGCUUUUAGGAAAGAUUAUUUAAAUAAGAUUUCAAAAGGUUUUACGACAUGAACGUGUAUUAUUAUAUUAUAUUGUAUUUUGGUAAUCCUAAGAUAGGCCCUUAAUUUUUGUAAAAUCGUAAAUCCUCUUUUAGUGGAUUUUUCAUAACAUCAUGAAACAUCUUUGUCCGAUAAUUUAGUAUAAAUACGGUAACUUACUCUUAAAAUUUUAAAUCAGUUUUAAGUGUAGUACUGAAAUAUUUCGAGGCCUGUUAAUAUUUGUGGAAGUGAUCUACGUACGAUGAAUAUGAACAAAAUUAAACAUAAAUAUAAGUUUCGUUCACGUACAGUGAAAUUAGUGAAUGAAGCCUUAAGUACAGAGUGCCAUUCUAAGCCUCUCGAUCAAUCAAGAUCAUCAAACGGUAGCGAAUAUACUCCUACCUGUUUCAGUGAUGAUUUGGAUGACUCAUAUGAAAUGCACUCUAUUUCUAUUGAAACAACAGAUGACAGUGUGGCAAAUAAACAACAAACAGAUUGUGACUUGAUGUAUGAAAAUGAUGCUAUUUUAGAUGACUCUACCCCUAAUCCAAUAUAUCAAGAACUUAUAGCAUCAUCUUCUCUCGAUAAUAUAGAAAAAUCAGCGGAUGAAACUAAUUCCUCACUUAUUGACAGUGUAUGUUUGAAGAAAAGAAGGAUACGAAGAAAACACAAUUGUAUUUACUGCGACAUCCCUGUUUUAAAUUUUGCUAGACACCUUGAAAGAAUUCAUAGUGAUGAACUUGAGGUUCAAAAAUACUUAUCUCUUGACAAAAAGGAUCCGAAACGAAAAUAUUUCAUUGAUAAAAUACGAAAGGAGGGAGACUUCUGCAUUGGCAAAUCCGUACCUGUGUUUCGUAGAAAUGUUUUAAGUAAUAGUGAUGAAUCUUCGACUAAUUCAAACAUGCUUCCAUGUAUACACUGUAAAGGAUAUUAUGCCAAAAAAUCGCUUCGGCGCCACAUUAGACGGUGCUAUUUUAAUGAAAAAAAGGCAACAGGAAAAGUACGACAUCAGUCCGAAGCCCAAAACCUAAUGGCUACUAAUUUUGGAUCAACCGAUCCACUAAGGACUUCGGGCGGGUGUUUUAAAUUCACUAGCUGCGGAUGACAUCUCUGUAGUAGCAAAGAAAGACAAACUUAUAUGCGAUGUAGGAAGGAAAUAUGUAAAAAGUCAUAAAGACAGACAUCUGAUUCAAGUAGCCAAACGACAAAUGCGGCGUUUAGCAC